AUGGUCUACCGCAAAGCCUGCAAAUACGCUGGCGUAAACAAUCCCGAAGGCGCCAAACCUGUUAAAGGAACUUUCCCCCACGUUAGAGAAACAAUUGGACUUGAUGUGUGGGAAGAACUGGUGAACUCUCCCAUUGGAGUAGUUGCUAGGCUAGCUGGAAGCGAAAGCGUAUGGUUUGGUAGGACCGUACACUAUCUACUAUGUAGACAGCUGCGAGUACAUAAGAAGGAGAUAUGGUGUCUCGUGGUUGAUGAGGCUAUCAGGUUUAGCUUGCUCGAGUUUGGUGAGAUCACUGGGUUAAACACAGGUUCAUUACCAACAGAAAGGUUUGAAGCUGAUCAAUACAAAGAGUUUUGGGAGGAGUUGAAGGUGCUGCUUCGGAUGGGACCCAAGUUAGAUGAACUGAAGGAAGCAUUAGCGUUCUGUCCGCUUUGGAGUUUUGAAAAGCGUAAGUGGUUAGGGCUGCUACUUCUUCAAGCCAUGGGAGUCUAUUGUUUGCAUCACAAUUCAAGGAUACCUUUUGAAAGUGCAAUAAGGGUAUUCGACGAUGAAAUCAUGGGGUCGGAUCCAUGGGGUCGGACUGCAUACAAAGUCCUCAUUGACUCUAUUAAAACGUUGGUUCCAGAAGGAGGGUCAUACACAAUAAGCGGCAUGACCGUCGCGUUAUUGAUUUGGGCGUAUGAAUCCGUCGCCUGCUUUGGUGAGAAUUUUGGGAGGGUGGUGAAUAAUGAAGACGUUCCGCUUUUGCGAUGGGGUGGAAAGCGUACGCGUGCAAGUUUUGAUAACUUGUUGGCUGCCAAAAUCAAAGAGCAUGGCGAGGUGCGUGUGAAGAGAAUGGUUUUGAAGGACUCAAUUGAAGAGAUGUUUCCUAAAUGGCCGGGUGAACCUGACGACCCACAACUCGGGAAUGAGAAGAAGAAGAAAAUGAAGGGUGGAGUUUCGUCAGAAGCUGAGUCACCCACUAAGAAGCAGAAGAAAUUUAAGACACGGAAUGAGUCUGAAUUUGCUGCAGCGGGAAAGGGUUCUAGCGAGAAGGAAGGUAGCAAAGAUUUCGAGUUGGAGAACAAAACGACUCUGAGGACCAUUGUGAGUACUCUGGAUAAUAUUUCCAGGAAAGUUGAGCAUUUUGACUCACGGUUGGAAGCUUACGAGUUAGACCGGAAUAGACCAUUGAUGGACCAAAAGACCAUUGAUGACAGCGUGAAAGCUUUACUAGAGGAGCUUCUGAAAGUUCUGGGAGUUAGGAAAAUUCCCGAAAACAAUGAUAACCCCUUUCCACCAUCAGCAGAUAAAUCUUUAACGUUGGCAUCACCGCAGGUUCAAACGCAGCAGAAGUCUGUCAAUAGUCCAACAUUAGCUGCGACACCUGGUAAUGUUUUUGGACCGAAAAAGAAUUUGGCGAAAGAGCUUGAUAAGGAAUCAGGGGUGAAAAGGACUUUGGUUGAGGAGUUUGUUUCUCCUUCAAAGGCUACUAAGGAUGAUAAGGAUGCUAAGGUUCCAGCCUAUGGACGCGGCUGCAGGGGCAAGCGUAUUAUUAAGGGUGAGGAAGCCAAUGAGAAGCAAAAAGCAGAGCAGGCAGAUGCUGCGUUUAAGAGGAAGGAGAAUGCUGAGGCUAAGAAAAAAGCGGCUGAGGCUAAGAAAAAAAAGGCUGAAGCUAAGAAAAAAGAGGCUGAGGCUAAGAAAAAAGAGGCUGAGGGUAAGAAGAAAAAAAAGGCUGAGCUAAAGAAGCGAAAACAUGCUGAGUCAAAGAACAAAGAGGUGACUCCAUCUGGAGAGGACAGUGUAUUUGCUGAUGUGACUGACGAAGUUGUUGCUGGAGAGAACGAAUUCGCGCCGGAGUCUGACGUCGAGGGAUCUGAACUGGUUAAAUCUGCCAUAAUUAAGGAAUAUCGGGAGAAAAGUGUUCAGUUAACUCCAAAAGGGUUUUCAAAGGUGGCAGUUUCUUCACCAGCAGUUUUUCCGUACGUAGGAGAGAAUGGAACGACGUGCAUGAGGAAAAAUGUUACUCCUUCAUCAGUAAUAUAUGACCCUCUAGCACCUGUUGAUCCGGUGCUACUCGAAAAACUGAUGCAACACAUAAAGGGAAUUCCACCCAAACCACCAACAUCAGCAGAUAAACCAGCAGUCAUCUCCGCUUAUCAUGAGGGUGAUUUCUACAGCAUACUCAUCCAUGAAAGACCGUGGCCGGAAAAGGAAUAUGGAUGGGCGUUUGAUAAUUAUGAAGAUGUGGAUCACUUGUACGGAUGUCUUCAAACCGGCGGAAAUCACUGGGUUACGUAUCAUGUGGAUCUGAAGAAGGAAAAGAUUGAUUGCUACGAGCCAAUCUUUGGAGAGGUAACACCCGAAAGUGAGCAGAGAAUUCUAAAUUCAUUUAAACCGCUGACGCACAUGAUUCCGUAUAUGUUGAGUGAGCAUAUUCCUGCCAAUAUCCGAGCCCCAAGUAAGAAGAAGUUCUCAUUCAGAAGGAGGAGCAAAAAAUACACUCCACAAAACUCCCAGAUUGGCGAUUGCGGGGUGUAUUCGUUGAAGUUUGUGGAGUGUCUAGCGUUUGGUAUAACGUUUGAUGGGAUAAGCGAUAAAAAUAUUCAAGGUUUACGGAUGAAGAUGGCAGCAGAGAUCCUCGAUGAAGAAGGAAAUUCUGUGAUGAGCAGUUGGCUGCCUCAUUGA